GCGCGUGGGUGGAGUGUGCGCGUGUGGUUGCGUGACUGUGCGUGUGACAGAGAGAGGAGGGGGUCUCCUCCUGCUGUCCGGACACUCCGAACACAGAACCACACUGCUCUGGUUCUUCUUCAGCCCAGGCGCCGUGGAGUGGACCCGGACCCGGACCAGAACCGGAGCCCGGAGCGGGGGGAUGAAGAGCGUGUUCGCGGAGUUCGUCCUCACACCUUGGAAACUAUUCCCGCCUGAUCCGCAGGUGUGAGCUGAUCGAUGACUCCGGAGCCGAACCUGGGUUCGGUUCUUCACGCAUCGGAACACGGAUUACCUGGACAGGAGUUAACGGAGCUGGUUUUCGGUGUGUGUGCGCGCGUGUGUGUGUGUGUGUGCGUGUUUGCGGGGAUGGAUGCUCGGAGAGCAACAAGCGCGCGUGGCUGCACGCAGCGGCGGCGGCUCCUCACACGGACACCGCGCUGCUGAAUGCGGGUCUGAGGCGGGUUUCUGUGUCGGUGUGCGGGUUCUAAUCAGCUCUCGUUUGGAUCUUUGGACGGGAAUGAACUGUGGGGUUCGGUGAAGUGUCCUAAAUAAAGUGCCCCGCACCUCCGCGGCGGUUCGGCGUGUUUUUUUUUCAUUGCGGUGUGCUGUGAUUGAACUCUGCGUGGUGGAGGGACGCGGAUCACAACCAUGGCCACGCACACGCACUCCGAGCAUCUCCCGCAACUGAAGGCGGGUUUCACGUUCCGGGUGUUGUGGAUGCUUCACGCCUUCCUGGACCUCGCGGGCUCUCAGGAGGUUUACGCGCCGCACUCGAUCCGGGUGGAAGGCGACGUGACGCUGGGGGGGCUUUUCCCCGUGCACGCCAGGGGGGUCCCCGGGAUGCCGUGCGGGGACAUCAAGAAGGAGAACGGCAUCCACCGGCUGGAGGCGAUGAUGUACGCCCUGGAUCAGAUCAACGGGGACGAGGAGCUGCUGCCCAACGUCACUCUGGGCGCCCGAAUCUUGGACACCUGCUCCCGGGACACGUACGCGCUGGAGCAGUCACUGACUUUCGUCCAGGCGCUCAUCCAGAAGGACACGUCCGACGUGAGGUGCACCAACGGGGAGCCGCCGCUGUUCGUCAAGCCGGAGAAAGUUGUCGGAGUGAUCGGAGCUUCGGCCAGCUCCGUGUCCAUCAUGGUGGCCAACAUCCUGCGACUGUUCCAGAUCCCUCAGAUCAGCUACGCCUCCACCGCCCCAGAGCUGAGCGAUGACCGGCGGUACGACUUCUUCUCUCGGGUCGUCCCUCCAGACAGUUUCCAGGCUCAGGCCAUGGUGGACAUCGUCAAGGCCAUGGGGUGGAACUACGUCUCCACGGUGGCCUCAGAGGGCAGCUACGGGGAGAAGGGGGUGGACGCCUUCAUGCAGCUCUCCAGAGAAGCAGGUGGAAUCUGUAUCGCUCAGUCUCUGAAGAUCCCUCACGACCACAAACCCUCCGACUUUGAUAAAAUCAUCCGUCUGCUGUUGGACACUCGCUACGCCAGGGCUGUCAUCCUGUUCGCCUCUGAUGAGGACAUCAGGGGGAUCCUGAACGCCAGUAAGCGAGCGGACCAGGUCGGUCACUUCCUGUGGAUCGGUUCGGACAGCUGGGGGGCCAAAAACAGUCCGAUCCACCAGCUGGAGGACGCCGCCAUCGGAGCCGUCACCAUCCUGCCAAAGAGAGCCACCAUCAGUGGCUUCGACGCGUACUUCAUGUCACGGACUCUGGAGAACAACCGGAGGAACGUUUGGUUUGCCGAGUACUGGGAGGAGAACUUCAACUGUAAACUGAUGAGCUCGUCCAAGAAGGACGACAGCAGCAGGAAGUGUACAGGUCAGGAGCGGAUUGGCAUCGACUCGAAGUACGAGCAGGAGGGGAAGGUCCAGUUUGUGAUCGACGCCGUGUACGCGAUGGCCCACGCCCUCCACAACAUGCAGAGAGACCUCUGUCCUGACGUGUCCGGGAUCUGCCCCGAGAUGGACCUGGCCGGAGGGAAGAAACUACUCAAGUACAUCCGCAGUGUCAGCUUCAACGGAAGUGCUGGUACUUCGGUGACAUUCACCAACGGCGACGCCCCUGGACGCUACGACCUGUUCCAGUACCAGUGGAACAACGUGACCGGGUCGGGGUACCGAGUGAUCGGACAGUGGACCGAGAGCCUGCAGCUCAACAUGGAGGACAUGCAGUGGCCUCGAGGUGAGCAGGACGUCCCCAGCUCCGUGUGCAGCCUUCCCUGUAAAACCGGUGAGAGGAAGAAGGUGGUGAAAGGUAUGCCGUGCUGCUGGCACUGCGAGUCCUGCGACGGAUACCAGUACCAGUACGACGAGUUCACCUGCAAGCUGUGCUCCUACAACAUGAGGCCCAACACCAACCGCACCUCAUGCCAGCCAAUACCCAUCAUUAAACUGGAAUGGCACUCACCCUGGGCGGUGAUUCCCGUUUUCCUGGCGAUGCUUGGGAUCAUUGCUACAAUCUUUGUCAUGGUUACGUUCAUCCGGUACAAUGACACGCCAAUUGUGCGAGCGUCGGGCAGGGAACUGAGUUACGUUCUCCUGACUGGGAUAUUUUUAUGUUACAUCAUCACGUUCCUCAUGAUCGCCAAGCCUGACGUCGGCGUGUGCUCGUUCAGGAGGAUCUUCCUGGGUCUGGGCAUGUGCAUCAGCUACGCCGCCCUCCUCACCAAAACCAAUCGUAUCUACCGAAUCUUCGAGCAGGGCAAGAAGUCAGUGACAGCGCCCCGGCUGAUCAGCCCCACCUCACAGCUGGCAAUCACCUCCAGCCUCAUCUCGGUCCAGCUGAUGGGGGUGUUCAUCUGGUUUGUGGUGGAUCCGCCCAACACCAUCAUAGACUACGACGAGCAGAAGACCUUCAACCCAGAUCUAGCACGAGGGGUGUUGAAAUGCGACAUCACGGAUCUUCAGAUCAUCUGUUCGUUGGGUUACAGUAUCUUAUUGAUGGUGACGUGUACUGUUUACGCUAUAAAGACCCGCGGGGUCCCGGAGAAUUUUAAUGAGGCCAAGCCCAUCGGCUUCACCAUGUACACCACCUGCAUCGUGUGGCUGGCUUUUAUACCCAUCUUUUUCGGCACGGCGCAGUCUGCAGAAAAGCUCUACAUCCAGACCACCACGCUGACCAUCUCCAUGAACCUGAGCGCGUCCGUGGCCCUCGGGAUGCUCUACAUGCCCAAAGUCUACGUCAUCAUCUUCCACCCGGAGCUCAACGUCCAGAAGAGGAAGCGUUCCUUCAAAGCCGUCGUCACAGCCGCCACCAUGUCGUCCCGACUGUCCAAGGCGAGCGACAGACCCAACGGGGAGGCCAAGACAGAGCUGUGCGAGAACGUCGACCCCAACAGUCUGGCAGUGACGAAGAAACACGUGAGCUACAGCGACCUCGACAUGUGACGCGUUCCUCCGUCAGGACUAAGACACAAAAGAGCUGGAGACGUUCUCCUGCCUGAAAACAAGAAAAACCAAGAUGGAGGAGGAGGUGGAGGAGGUGGAGGAGGUUUUAUUUAUUUCAUUUGUUUCUUUGUGCUUCACCACAGACUGAGCUGAAGCAAAGCAUCGUGGGAUUUCCCUCUGGGCAUGAAAAAAUUAGAAAAAAAUAAAAAUCUGUGAUGAUGAUGAAGAUGAUGGUGGUGGUGAUGAAGAUGAUGGUGGUGGUGAUGAAGAUGAUGGUGGUGGUGAUGAAGAUGGUGGUGGUGGUGAUGAAGAUGGUGGUGGUGGUGAGGACUUGGUGGGAUCAUCUGUGGAUCUUCUGGCCUCCUGGUUGUGAACGAUCGGCGGAGCGCUCGCGGCUCCACGUUGAUGUCAAAUAAAGCCGCCGUCUCGGCGUCAUGUGACCUUUCUACGGAGCCCCGCCUCCUCCUGUCUUUUAAUGUACUUCCAAACUGCAAGUUUCCCGCCCUUCUCGUCCUCCGUGAUGUUCUUUACGGCUUCUCUGUUGGGUCGUUUCUUUUGUUUCUUUGACGUUGAUGAUGAUGAAUCUGUUCUGCUCUUUGCUUCUUGGAUGCACAUUGUUUUUUUUUUUUAUUAAAGCCAUAUUUGUCGCUCUGAGAUUCGAGAAUCUGAUUUUUACUGAAUCCCAACAUCCGAAUAUCGACCAUGAAAACACGUUUUCUUCGGAGUGCUCGUAAUAUUCAGUGUAAUUAUUGAAUACAGGUCUCCGUCACACCCAGCACAAAGUCAAUAAUA